ACGGCGCUCUCCGCGGCUGGAGCGCGUUUGAGCUUGGCAGGAAAUGCCGGCUCUUAACGCGCUAGCGCUGCGUGCUGCUGCUGGUUUGGCUCUCGUCGUAAAACGCACGGUUCAUGCUGCCCGCGGUUCGGAGGCGCGUUGUCAACAGGCCGGUAGGCGAGCGAGCUGCUUCCUCCUCCGCCCCUGACUUAACCGGCGGGCUGCGCGGGGCACCGGGUGCAGGCGAGGAACCAGGCUCGUUUUCUGGCGGGCUCGGCUCCCGGAGCGGCCUGGCCGGUAAGGGUUCCCGAGACGUUUCCCUCGUUCGGAGAAGGGAGACACGUCGCUGGGCCUUUUGCCCGUGAGGGAGCCGCGCCCGCCCCCAACGGCCCGGCGCCUCGCGGCCGUUGGGCUCUCGUCGCCCCGCCCCCGCGGGAGGACGUGCCUGUUCAGUACGAGGCCCUAAAUUGUAGGGCCUGCGCUGAGCUCGGCCUUUUUACUUAGGUUGCCAUAAUUUAAAAUUUAACUGCGCGUACGUUUUCUUAAAAAAUAAAUUAAAAAUCUGGAUGCUUCAGUUAAAAAUACACGCUCUUCUCCACCCUGUGUUUUGGCGUGUCGUGCAGGACCUCAGUCCUGGAACUAGAUCCAAAGGAAUACCAACAUUUCUAUUGCCAUAAACUGUCUCCAUGCUUGUCUGAAUUUUCUGAAGCUCUGCAAAAUCAAGUAUUACAACUAUUGCCUUAUUUAUAAUGUACAGAGGGAUUUUAUUGUACAAACCGGUGACCCCAUGGGAACUGGCCGUGGAGGGGAAUCUGUAUUUUGUAAACUAUACGGUGAUCAAGCUAGAUUUUUUGAAGCAGAAAAAGUGCCAAGGAUUAAGCACAAGAAGAAGGGAACUGUGUCAAUGGUGAACAAUGGCAGCGAUCAGCAUGGAUCACAGUUUCUUAUUACUACAGGGGAAAACCUGGAUUAUCUUGAUGGCGUGCAUACAGUAUUUGGAGAAGUGACAGAAGGCAUGGAUGUAUUGAAGACAAUUAAUGAAACCUUUGUGGAUAAGGAUUUUUUCCCAUAUCAAGAUAUUAGGAUAAAUCAUACAGUAAUUUUAGAUGAUCCAUUUGAAGAUCCACCUGGCUUGUCUAUUCCUGAUCGCUCACCAGAGCCUACUAAGGAGCAGCUAGAUAGUGGCAGAAUAGGGGCAGAUGAAGAAAUCGAUGACUUGAAAGGACGGUCUGCAGAUGAAAUAGAAGAAUUUGAGGCAGAAAAGGAAGCAAAAACUCGUGCCAUCCUUCUGGAAAUGGUGGGAGACUUACCAGAUGCAGAGGUUAAGCCACCAGAAAAUGUGCUGUUUGUUUGUAAGCUGAAUCCUGUGACCACAGAUGAAGACCUAGAGAUAAUAUUUUCGCGAUUUGGUCCCAUUAAAAGCUGUGAAGUGAUUCGAGACUGGAAGACUGGUGAAUCUCUUUGUUACGCUUUCAUUGAGUUUGAAAAGGAGGAAGAUUGUGAGAAAGCCUACUUCAAAAUGGAUAACGUGCUAAUAGAUGACAGGCGGAUACAUGUGGAUUUUAGCCAGUCUGUUGCAAAGAUUAAGUGGAAAGGAAAAGGUGGGCAGUACACCAAGGAUGAUUUCAAAGAGUAUGAAAAGGAACAUGGCAAACCUUCAAAACUUGCUCUGAAAGAGAAGGUAAAACCAAAGCAAGAUGCCAAGUAUGACCUUGUGCUGAAUGAGGAAGUAGAAGAAUCUGAAACAAGUCAUUUGCACUCGUCUAAAAAACAAAAGAAGAAAAAGCACCACCACUCUGAAGAUGAAGAGAAUGACAAGAGGACCAAAAAAUCUAAGGAUUCGGGUCGAAAACAUGAAGGAGAACGCUGUAGAGAAAAGAAAAAGACUGAGAAGAAAGACAGGCAUCGUAGUCGCGGCCGAUCUCAAGAGAGGUAUUUCACUUCCAGCAAACAUAAAGACAGAUACAAAGAAGACUUCCAAGUAAGAGACUGGGAUAAAAAGGCAGACAGAAGCAGAAGUCCUAAGAAAUCAAAAGACAAAGAGAGGUCCACGUACAGCUGAAAGAGGAGGAAAAGACAGAGAGGGGAACUACAACACUGUUUUCUUCCUGCAUUUCCAAUACAUUCUCAAAUGUGCAGGUGCUGGAUCAGAGCAGUCACAUUCUAUUAGCAGUGUGGCCUUACGACUCUAUGAAUGCCCAGUGUAUGACUGUUGGAGUACUGUUUGAUUCCCAAAAGAUCGUCUCAAUAAAGUAUUUCACAUUGGUGAAA